AUGAAAACGUCAAACCCCAAAGUACUCAUUGUCGGCGCAACAGGCCGCACCGGCAGCGCAACAAUCACCGCCCUCCUCUCACGCCCCAACCCCCCUUCAAUCCUCGCCCUAACACGCUCCCCGUCCUCCCCAAAGUCCCAAUCCCUCCUCUCUUCCCACCCUUCAUCCACCAUCACACUAGUCGAGGGAGACCCGGCCUCCCCAGCACCAAUCUUCGCUUCUCACAAGGACAUAUCGGCCAUCUACCUCGUCACGGUUCCGCCGGCCGACGAAGCCCAGGGAAUCCCCGUGAUCGACGCCGCGGUCGAGAACGGGAUCCCCCACUUGGUCCUCUCGAGCAUCGACCGCGGCGGGGACGAGGCGUCCUGGACGAACCCGACGCCCGUGCCGCACUUCGCCGCCAAGCACCGCCUCGAGCUGUACCUGCGGGACAGGACGGCGGGGACGGGGACGCGGUGGACCGUUCUGAGGCCGGCGGGGUUCAUGGACCAGUACGUGUCCGACGCGGGGGUCAUGGGUUCCGUGAUGGGCGGGCUCUGGGCUAGCAUGCCCCGGGACAGGAGGUUGCAGCUUGUCAGCGCGCGAGAUAUUGGCGUCUUCGCUGCGAGGGCGCUGGUUGAGGGGCCUGGGGAGUGGGGUGGGAAGGCUCUGUCUCUGGCUGGCGAUGAGAUCAGUUUCGCCGAGGCCGAGGAGACGUUUGAGAGGGUUGUCGGGCGGAGGAUGCCGCAGUCGUGGGGUUUCGUUGCGCAUGCCGUUAGGUGGGCUUCUGAAGACGCUGGGAGGAGUAUGGAGUGGUUCGAGAGGGAGGGAUACAGGGCUGACAUCGCGAAGUUGAGAGCGAUGGAGCCGAGUUUACAGACAUGGGAGAUGUGGCUGAGGGAAAGUAGUGGGUGGACCGAGAAGAGGGAGAGCUAG